AUGUGUAUUCCAUGGGAUACAUGGGUGAAAACUUGUGUAUUACCGGUAUGCAUACAGCCUAUACUAGUCCAGGAAAAAGGAUGGGAAGUUUUUACAGAAAUCGAGAGUGAAGAAACCAUAAUACCACGUACUAUAAAAAUUACUAAAGCACCACGUAAAGAAGAAACAACUCGAAAGUCAAGAGCAGAAGUUAAAGUUGAUAGAAGAGUUACAAGAACGACACCAGAAAAGGAAGAAGAUGAAGAGGAUGAGAAACCAAUACAGGAGAAACAUACUAAAAAGCCUAAAGAAGAAGAUGAUGAUGAAGGUCCAGGCAAAAAAAUUGGUGAAGAGGUUUCAAUAAAAUUACCUAAACAAGUUCGGAAGUCAAGUAAUUUACGUUAUUCUUCAUCAUAUAAUUUAUUAAUAGUUCCUUUAUCAUUAGAAUGCGACCCUUGCUUUGCCAAUCCUCGCCUUUACGUCUGCAUCUUAACCUCCUUGUUCAUCGAUGAUGCUUCCCAGGAUUCUCAUCUUGUAUUCUCUUCAUUCUCUAAAACAUUAAAACAAAACAAAACAAAGAUGCCAAAUUCUAUCUCAUAUAUACAUAGUUCCAUUUAUCAUUAUAAAAAGAGUUUUAUCGGUAGAAAUAGUGCUGGAUGUUCAAUUAUAACUUAUGAGAAGAGUCACCCUUAUUUUAAAUAUACACUAUAA